AUGGUACCCACAUCAGGAUCAUAUGUCCCAACAAAGAAAAUGCUAUGGCAUUUGCUAACAGAAAGCAGUUUUACUCCAUCAACGUCCAAGCCGUUUGUGAUAGCGAGGCCUUUAUUACUAACAAUGUAGCUCGCUGGCCUGGAUCGACGCACGACUCAUGCAUUUUUUAGAACAGCAAGAUAGCAGACAAAUUAAGGGAUGGUGCUAUUGAUGGCAUUCUUGUGGGUGACAGUGGAUACGCUUGUAGAGCAUAUUUAAUGACACCAGUCCUCAAGCCAAAGAAUUCAGGAAAAGGGCGCUAUAAUACUGCACAUAGGCGUACUAGGUGUGUUAUUGAGAGAUGCUAUGGACUGCUAAUCGUCGUUUUUUGUGUCUUCACUUGGGACUGUGCACCGCCUCGAUGA